CGUAUUCACCCUAGAUUUGUAGAACACGUAACAAACGCUACGAUCAACAAUAACGGGCCAGGCGUGAAUAAUUGGGGCCCUUUGCAUCUGGUAGGACAUAGUCUCGGCGCUCACAUUUGCGGAUUCGCCGCAAGAGAGCUAAACAAAAGGCAGAACAGAUGGGCUGUGCAGAGAAUCACCGGUUUGGAUCCAGCGCAGCCGUGUUUUCGCAAUACUGACACGUCUGUUCACUUACAUAAAAGUGACGCACCGUUCGUUGACGUGAUACAUACAAACGGCAGAUUACUCACGAGUCUAGGUCUUGGCUUACCCGAAGCUAUAGGUCACAUUGAUUUCUAUCCAAAUGGCGGUAAAACACAACCUGGCUGUGCAAAAUCGGAAUCAUCGUACUUUAAUUAUUUACCGAUUCCUGUAACUGAGAUAAAACGAGCGAUAUGUAGCCAUGGACGUUCUUACGUCUAUCUCACUGAAUCUUUGAUAUUCGAUACCGCGCACAAUUGCAGUUUCUGGGCACACCAAUGGAAUUUGACAUACAGGCAUCUUUUACAAAUAAUCGCGGAACCAUGCGAUAGAAACAUCUGCACGGAAAUGGGCAUUAAUGCAGAAAAAUACAAUCAGCGUGGAACCUUUUUCGUGCCUACAGCCAGUAUUAGUCCAUUUUGCGCCAAUAGCACCGAUGUCAUAGAGGAGGUAAAGAGGCAACUGCAACAGGAUCACCUUGGCGACAUGGAGGAUUGACAAAUUGCACAUUGUACUAGACAACUUAUUUGCAAAUAAAUGUGUUAGCAUUGUGGUAAUAUGCUUAAAUAAUUUCUUA